AUGAGAAAGCUUCUUCCGGCUCGAUCCCUCAAACUUGCAUGUGACCAUGUAUUCCUCGUCGAAGGUCCUCAUCGUGUUCGAUCUACAAUCCUGUUAUCCGCUUUUAGAGGGCUAUCGACACAUCGAAGGUAUUUUAAUCGAACGUACUCUAAAGGAAAAGCCCCACAACCGAACCGCCCGGCGGCCCUCGACCGCACGGGUACAGCACAUAAAUUCAUCACUGAACGAGAUAGGUCACUUUUGAAAGCAAAUAGUUUGUUAGAAAGGGCCAAGAUUAAUCUAAAAUGGGCUCUAAAGCGUUCCACGCGACCCUUCAAUACCGACGACAUCAGCGCGUUCGUUUCGUGGGUUUUAGUCAGCAAUGUAUUGCUGAUUCUACUGGGAACCACGACGUUUGCGUCCCUAGUCAUCUACUGCAUGAAUACCGUGUUUGCACAAGAAUACGUAGCUACCCAGGUGGGCAACUUUCUCACUCAAAACAGUGCUCUGUCGGUUGUUUUCGAAAGCGCUAUUGUUCCUGACUGGUCAUCCCGCAAGAUCUCCUUCAACAAAGUUUUCGUAUCUAAACGACCCAAGAACUCGCCCAGUUUCACGAAGGGUUCGCAGGAAGACGCCGUCGAACGCGCAAAGCUGGCGGUUAGCGAACGCAUUUUAGUCAGCCGCGAAGAUUUCGAUGAUGGUAACUAUACACAGUUCGACUUAACCAUGGAUCAGGUGGAAAUCUCUCUAAACUUUCGCAAGUGGUUUAAUGGAAAGGGCAUUCUCGAUGAGGUGACCAUCAAUGGGAUUCGUGGUGUCGUCGAUAGAACCCACGUCGUGUGGAAAGAAAAUGACAAUCCUUGCAAUUACUUAAACGUGCAUCAACCGGGCGAUUUUGAGAUCGCCAAGUUUAAAAUGAACGAUGUGUUAUUCACGCUGUACCAACCGCAAGGAUUUAGGCCAUUCCAGGUUAGCAUUUUCAAUUGCGAAUUACCGCAACUCAGAAAACACUGGCUAUUCUUUGACUUCCUUAAUGCUUACAGUAUCAGCGGCGCUUACGACAAUGCCCUGUUUUCUAUUCACAAAAAGUAUAAGGUUGACCAAGACGAUCAGAAGUCACCGUGGAAAAAGGUAACCCGAAUGCGGGUCGACAAUCUCAACGUGGACCACUUAAAUGCUGGCAUCGAAGGUCCAUUUGGUUGGAUUACGGAAGGCCAGGUCGAUAUGAUAGGUGAUGUUCUGCUGCCCGACAAAGAACCGAAUCCAUAUCAACUCACAGAAAUCUUCUCCGCCAUUGGUACUCGCCUAGUAAAAGAAGCAAGGCGACACUCCGCCAUUCUCUUGCCAGAACCGUUUCAACUGCCACAACAGAAAAGCAUAGACCCCCAGCAAUAUUUCAUGAUGGAUUUCUUUCUCAGAUUGCACAACGUCAAAGCUGAGGUUCCGCUAUUUUCCGACGAUCUCAGCUAUAUAAACAGCGCCCUGAUCAGACCUAUUGUGGGCUAUAUUAACUCCAAGAGGACCUACAUUCCAAUAAAGUGCCACGUGGUCAAAUCGAUGUCCGACUUCGAAGGUUCAUGGACUAUUUACGAUUCUUUACUCAUGGAGGAUCUCAGCGCCGAGGUUUACGAUGCUUUCGCAAACUACGUAGCUGAUGAAAACCGGAAAAGCUUACGACUGAAGCGCAUUGGCUUCUGGUCUCUCCAGGCAAUAGUACAGUUGAUUCUGAUAAGCUUGGGUUCUAUAGCUUGA